AUGUCGGGGACUCUGAAGCUUCCGGCACGCAUGCUGCGGGACCUGGAGGGUUAUGGGCCGUGGAUGCUGCGGCAAGCGGAGACUGUGCGCACCGCCUGGCUGCAGGAGUGCCACCUGCCGGCACAGCCCAAGCUGGCGUCCACACCGGUGACGGUGGGCACCGAUUGCUCGGGGUGCGAAGCACCUAUCUUCAGCCUUCGGGCCAUGGGGAUCAGCUUCCGCCACUGCUUCGCAUGCGACAAUGCGCCGCACGCGGAGACCUUUAUCCGAGCUGUGACCAAGCCAGAGGUCUUCCUGUCCGACAUGCUGGCAAGGUCGCUGGAAGAUCUCCCAGCCCCGCACAUCUAUGUUUGUGGCUUCCCUUGCAAGCCGUACAGUUCGCUGCACAACGACAGCAAGGGCUUCAAGGAGAAGGCAGCAAAGCCAUUCAAGGCAAUGCUGGAGACCGCGAAAAAGAAGCGGCCAUGCCUGGCUGUGUUCGAGAACGUGCUGGGUCUUAUGAAGUACAUGCCGAAGGUCCGCGUCGACAUGCAGCGUGAGCUGCACGAGUACAUUGUUCUGCUGCUGCAAGUGUGCCCAACGGAGUUUGGGUUCCCAGCCAGACGGCCGCGGUUCUACUUCGUGGCAGUGCGAAAAGACAUGUGCAUCACGCAGAACCCAGGCCAGCUGGCGGACUUCGCGCGGAAGCUCCUGGAAAGUUUCCGGAAGCCGGUGCCGCCACACCUGGCCGAUUACCUGCUGCCGUCCAACACACAAUGUGUUCUGGAAGAGGUUUCUGGGAGCAAGGGUCCGAAGCCAGCCCAGAAGAACGCAGCACCCGCUGCUGCCAGUCUGCCGUUCAAUGUCGCUGGCCUGACAGCCAAACAAACGGAGGUGCUCAAGCAGACUUGGGUGGAGAAGGUGAAGAAACAGGGCAAGGGCAACAAGUUUGUGGCCGACGUGAGUCAGAGUCUGCAGCGAAAGACGGUGGCGUUGGAUGGCAAAACCCCGUGUGUCACUCCGGGGUCCAAGUUGUUCAGCGGCGAGUUGAACAGGCUCCUCUGCGCUGAAGAGAAGAUGCUCUUAAGCGCCCUGCCGAUGCACCGCAUCUCCGUGCCCCAGCAGCUCACGAAGAUGCAGUUACACAGCUUAGCUGGUAACACUAUGCACUGCGCUUGUGUUGCAGGGGCCUUGCUCUGUGGCAUGUCACUCCUGCGCCUGGGCGCUCUGAAGGCCGCGGCGACCAACAAGCCCGCAAAGACGGGAAGGGGUGUCUGGGUGGACUUAACCCGGGCAGCAAAGAAGGCGACUCGCAAGAAGGUCACGUUGAAGGCAAGCAAGACGCCCGCCUUGAAGAAGGUUGCCAGGAACGAGAGGCGUGGUGCCCAGAAGCAGACAGCAGCACAGCGCGGCCAAAAAAGGGGGGCGGCAUCCUACGACACGGGGAGUACGACAGGUAAAAGGAUGCGAAGUGCGUACUCCUGA